UCGACUGCCCGAUGACGUUUUACCAAAUUAUAGGACUUUUUUACCAGCUUCAGCAUUGGAGCAAUCUUUAAAACAGCUUGGCACUGCAGCUGAUUCAUCUUUACUAAGAGAUAAAAUACACAAUACUCAGCAAACAUGUAAUGAUAUUAUUGCUAAUACUACCAAAUCAUUAAGGACAUUAACUUCUAUUAUAACUUCAAGUAACCUUCCUCAAAGAGAAAGCAGGCAACAACGUCUACAGUUAGAAAGGCUAAAAAAUGAAUUUCAGGAAAUAGUGAAGAGGUAUAGUUCUUUGCAAGGGCAAAUUGCAGAUAAAAUUAAACGUGAACUAACAAUGAAACCUCAUAAAUCCAUUUCUGGUUGGAGUAUUGAAGAUGAAGGAAAAUAUGAUGAACAACAAUCUCUUAUGGAAGCAGAAAAGAUUCAACAACAAAAGAAGAUGGAAGCUGAUUUGGAAUUUGAACAACAAUUACUAGCUGAACGAGAGCAGCGUAUUCAACAAAUUGAAGCUGACAUGUUAGAUAUAAAUUCAGUUUUUCGGGAUCUUGCUGCUUUAGUUCAUGAACAAGGAGCUACAAUAGAUACUAUUGAAAGUAAUGUUGAAGCAGUUGCAGAAAAUACAGCCAGAGGUACAGAACAUUUAUCCAAAGCUAGUAGAUAUCAGGUAAAAUGCUAUAAAGUUUCACAGUAUAAUUUUCAUAACUAUGGUAUAAUGAAUUAUUUGUUGUUUUACAAUAAUCAUUCAUUUCAAAUACAGUGUACAAUUUUCAGCUAAUUUCAAGCAAGAAUACAGUUAAUGUUUUUUUUUUUUAUUACAGAGACUAACAAACUAUUCUCCUUUGAAUACAAAGUAGAAUGUUAGAUUAAAAUAGAAUACUGUAUAUGUAUUAAAUAUAUAAUGCUAGAAGUGCUUUAAAGUUAGAAUGGUGUAGAAAGAGAAAAGGUUUGAGAUGGACAAAGUUUCAAUUUACCUAUACUUUAAUGAAAUGUUUUAUAUUAAUGUGGGUGUACAUGUAAGCCUGUGGGCAAUUAACUGAUCAAUGAUGCACAAAUUCAAAUUUGCUAAUAACUAGUUUUUGUAAUUUUGCAAGAUAUAUUAUUUUUCCACUAAGCCACUCAAUACUGUUUGACUUGGCUGCCCUUUACCAGUAUUUUUUGAUAUCAUAAAAUGCAAAAGAUCCUUUUCAGGACCAAUCUGACAGUGGAAUGGGAUCUUAACUCUUCACUUUCAGAAGAGUUGCUUGGUGACAUAUUAAUUAUAAGUUGUUCCACAUUUUCCAUUCAGCUAGUGAAUUUCCUUUAGUCUUCCAUAAUUCCAUAAUUUUUUCUAAGCAAUGAAAUGCUUCUAUUCAAUUUUCUUUAGUUAUUGAUGCAAAAUCAUUGUCCACUAACUUUUAUACAUCCUCUAAUUUGAACACAGUUAUGUCAAGCAAUUUAUGCUUUUAACUGAGCUCAAAUUUAAUCCCAUUGAAUUAAUAUAUGAUGAUGGGGAAACAAGCAAAUACCUGUGUGAUCUUUGGAUGCAGCCUCUUCAAUCUCUUAGCAUACCCCAGAGUUUUUAUGCAUCUUAAUUAUUUCAUAAAGCUCAGCUCUGUAUGGUUGAUUAGGAAAUGAAAGACAGUAAUUCAUCAUAAUAUUUCAUUUCUUGUUUUUGUCUAUUGCUGGAUGGAGGUCUUUCCAGUUGAUGACUGUGAUAUGGAGAAUUGUCUGUAAAAAUAUGUGAUUUUUCUGGAAUGUUGGGAAUAACUUGAUUCUUAAACCAUUUCAGAAAUUCAUCCUCAUCCAUUUCUUCGUGAUAGUCUGGAUCAUUGCUUUUGGAAAUAGGAAUAAGACCAUUUUCAACAUCCAACAUGUUUUCAUUUCCUGCAUGAAGAAUUAGCAAUCAUCUGCCUUUUCUGAUCAGAACUUUCAAAUUAGUUGCACUGUCUUGACAGCAUUUUGAUAUAACAUUCACAAAUAUAUAAAGAACUGGUAUUUAUCUGCAGUUUGAACUGUUUGCAAAAAUUUAAUUCUGGAUGCAACUUAUGUCAUUUCUUUCCAUAAUUGCAUCAUGCCAGUUAACUUUGUGAAUAAGCUUGGAUUUCGUAAUUGUAAUCUUCUUUAAUGAUUUAAUGCUGAUUUAAUAGAUGAUGUAAGGUUGGAAUUUUGACUAUACAGUACAAGCUAUGAAUAUGUUGAUGAUAAAUUAAAAUCGUCCACAGAAUUGUCUAGAGUGUGUUAACACCAUUCAGUUGUUGCUGAUCCUUGUCCAAUGCUGUCUGUCCCCAUUAGCUUCUCAGCUGACACAUUGUCAUGCUGCAGUCAGCCUUGAUUUGUGUCCAGGCAGUGUGUUCUCUGUCCUGCUCUUUGUCAUGAGCUGAUAUAUCAUAGCAUGAUAUCCUUUUCUAGUCCAUUUGCAUGCAUAAUGAGCCAAAGUUUUUGCUUAGUGAUCUUGGCCUCUAAUGACAUUUCUGAUUUGACAUUAUCAAGAACUGUCUGGUUUGUGAUCUUAGCUGUCCAGGAGAUGGACAGCUAAGAUCACAAACCAGCACUUUUUUUCCAGCACUAUAGCUCAAAGGCAUUUAUUUUCUUCCUAUCAGCUUUUUUAACAAUCCAGCUCUCACAUCCAUACAUCAUUAUAGAGAAAACAAUUACAUUUACAAGUCAGUAUUGCUAAAAAUGAAGAGGUGCUAGAAGAGUAAAGAUACAGUUGACCCCCCCUAUAAGAUCAUAGAUACGUUCCAUUUUUUAGGAAUCCGAUUUCUUACGAGUUGUUCCAAUCUCAGCCCGAC